GUGACAAAUCAAAUCUCAAAAAUCAGCCUUUGCUAUAGACAAAAGUUCAAGAUUCGAAGAUGUCAGGCAGAGGCAAGGGAGGGAAGGGACUGGGUAAGGGAGGAGCAAAGCGCCACCGUAAGGUCCUCCGCGAUAACAUCCAGGGUAUCACGAAGCCAGCAAUUCGGCGUUUGGCUCGUAGGGGAGGAGUCAAGCGUAUCAGCGGUCUAAUUUACGAGGAAACCCGUGGAGUUUUGAAGAUCUUCUUGGAGAACGUGAUCCGUGACGCGGUUACGUACACGGAACAUGCGAGGAGGAAGACCGUGACUGCUAUGGAUGUUGUUUAUGCAUUGAAGAGGCAGGGCAGGACUUUGUAUGGAUUUGGUGGUUAGAUGAUUUAGGAAUUAGGGUUUUCAGUAAAUUGAGGAUUAGGGUUAUUGGCUUGUAUUUAGGUGAUUUAU